AUGAUCACUCUGUUGUAUUCAUCGAACGCGUUGAAGAGAACUGAGAUAGACGACGAAAAUAUCUACACGUGGACUUUUCUAUGCUUACGUUCAUUUUAUCAGGACGUAAUCUUCCAGGCUGUGUAUGCGGUGAAGUUUUAUUCAGAAAUCAGUGGUAUUGGACCGAAAAGUUUUGAGCAGUGUGCUGGCUUUUUAUUCAUUUAUGUUAGUGAUUCACAAUCGUCGGCUAGUGAACCGUCGAAAAAGAAACGUAAAAUUGCAUCGUCGCACCCAUCGAAUCCACUUGACUCUACACCAGUUCACCCUGAAAGUUAUCAAAUUGCUAAAAAGCAAAUUGGUACUGAAACAGUGAAACAAAAGUUGUUAUCAGCUGAGAAAGAAAUACGUGAUCGAGGUUCAGAAUGGACGCUUAGUGAUGUUAUGAAAGUAGAUUCAUUGCACGUUGAUCAAGUGUUGAAUGGAGUGGUUGUGAAUCACGUUCAGUUUGGUGUUUUCAUUGAUAUUGGCGUUGGGUGUGACGCUUUAGCACAUCAGUCCACACUACCUCCAAUCCCUCCACCG